CCCUCCCCCGCCAUACAUCCAGUCUUACGUUACUGCUUCCUCGCAGCUUACAUUGUACAGACGAGGCAGAGCGGAGAGGCUGCGGGAGGACAGCGUGCGGCCCCUUCUCACACCAGGACUGACCCUAUGAGGCGGAGGCAUCUCCUGGGGCUUCACCGAUGAGGACUCGAGGCGGAGGAUGUCUCUUGGGGCUCCACUGAUGAGGAUUUGGUCUUCUACCUCAACUGCUGUCGGGGGCAGCCAUAUUUAUUUGAUGUUCUGUCCAUGAUCUACAAGAAGACUCCGCCAUCAUGCUCCCGUGUACCGCCACCCGCCUGCGCCCGCUCCUCCUCCUCCGCCGGCGCUGGCCGCUGAUCUUCCUUCUGGCCUCUCUGAUGUUCUUCCUCAGUGUCAUGGGGUAUCUUGAAGAGUUCCUCUCCGGGAUCCUUUCUAUCUUUUACUCCAUGCCUUCUCCUGUGUCUUCACCUCGAGUCCUGAACGUUCCCAUCCCCCCUUUCCUGCUGUCUCCAGCCAGGGCCUGCUCGUUGCCGCCAUUUCUCCUCAUCCUGGUGUCCAGCGCUCCUUCCCACAGAGACAGGAGGGACGCAAUCCGCCAGACAUGGGGGAACCUCGCGUCUUCCACGGCCUCCUCGUCUCUCACCCUCUUCGUUCUGGCUGUGCCAAAGUCACCGGAAGAGCGGGCGGCUUUGAUGCAUGAGGCGGUGACCCACAGAGACAUCAUUCAGGCCAACUUCUCUGACUCUUACCGGAACCUGACGCUGAAAACCAUCACAGGGCUGACGUGGGCCCUGGAAAAAUGCAGAGGGGCCCGGUUCCUGCUCAAGACUGACGAUGACGUUUUCGUGAACACCGUGCAUUUGUCGCAGUUCUUACAAAGCGAAAGCGGCCUCCACUACAUGGGGCGGCUGCACUGGCACGUGAGCCCCUACAGGGACCCCGAGAACCGCCAUUACGUAUCGCAAGAGAUGUAUGGGGGCAACUAUUUCCCGCCCUACUGCAGCGGCACCGGCUAUGUCCUGUCUAGUGAAGCUGCUGCGCUCAUCUUGGGGCAGCUGCCGAGCGGCCCGUGGCCGGCAGUGGAGGACGUCUAUGUCGGUAUCUUGGCCAAGGCAGCUGGCAUCGCUCCGAGACACGUGGUAAAGAUCGCCGGAUCCAUGUCUGUGCCGCACACCCCCUGCUGCUAUCGGAUCAUGUUCACUUCUCAUGGACUGAUGCCAGAGGGCAUGCAGGAAGCCUGGGAGAUGCUGAAGGCGGCCGAGAAUCGUUGGUGCCCCUCGCUGAGCAUGCUCUUCUGUAAAGUAUUCGGGCAGAUGUUGGAAAAAGGAAGCGAGGGGGUGCACUGAGGCAGGACGGGCAGUGAAUGGAGGCAUCCCCAGGUGUGGCACUAACGGUGCCUUCUGGGUGCAGUCAUUGCCUGGUACGGUCCCUGCAGGCCGCAGCUUACUGCCAGGACUGGGAUCAUACAGGGCGGCUACGAAAAACAGACCUGGUGGGUCCACAUUCCAGUACGCUGUUUUCCACCCCACCCCACCCCCACACGCACCUUAUAAUCGGAAUCAGGUUUCUUCACAAGCGGCAGAAAAAUAGCUCUGACGUCUGAGCGAGGCUUGCGGAAAACCUGUGCACGUGAGGUGGUAACGACCCAGUUCAGAUCAAUGGGAAUCGCUGAAAUUCUGUCAACAAAUCUGCCGCAUGUGAACGUGCGCCAACUCCAGGGCGCGUGUAAUGACCGAUGCGGCAGAAGUGACGCUCUGCAGGCUGCAGCUGUUACGGAGCAGAAGCCUCACAACUGCACGCUUUCCCCAUACUUCGCAGGCACACUUCUGGAUUCCUCAGGAUAGGUCAUCAGUAUCUGAGCGGUGGGGUCCGACACCCAGGACCCCCGCCGAUCGGCUUGUUUGUGACGCUUCUUGCAGCUUUUC